UGGUUUCAGGCUGGACAUCUGUCGCUUGUGUUUCUUUCCAGGGCGGGUAGCUCGGCUAUUGAAAAGAGGCAGUGACCUGUCAUCCUUGACUGAUGGGAGCGGGCCGCUGGGAGAGACCCCGUGUGUGGGAAAAUACCUUAGCCAAAGAGCUCAUACAUUCACAUGCUAAUUUUGCCCUAUAAAUAAGAGGGGCGCACGGCGCGGAUGGCCUUUAAGACGAACGAGACUCAGGCGGGAAAGGAAAGCUGUUAUAGCCUUCUCCGAACACAACUACAGCUAACGUAGGCUAAAGGAGAGAUGACAGCCAGCGCUAUGGCGCACAACGUGGGGAAACACUCGAGUGCCAAGGAGGAGAGAAAGCUGCGGAAGCCGCUUAUUGAAAGGAAAAGACGUGAGAGGAUAAAUAACUGCCUGGAUCAGCUAAAAGAAACGGUGGUCGGGGCAUUCAGACUUGAUCAAUCGAAACUUGAAAAGGCUGACAUUCUAGAGAUGACAGUGAAACACCUGCAGAAUAUUGAGAAUCAUAAAUUCAGUGCAGACCCCACGUUGGGCCUGGAGGCUCAGCAGAAGUACAGCACAGGCUACAUUCAGUGUAUGCACGAGGUCCACAACAUGCUGCUCACUUGCGAGUGGAUGGACAAAACACUGGGCUCCCGUCUGCUCAACCAUCUGCUCAAGUCCCUGCCGCGCUCCAGCGAAGAGCAGUCCUCUCUGGCUAACCCUAACCUGAGGCCUGAAGCGUCCCUACCUAGCCAGGGGCCGGGAGACCCAACUACACCCCCUCGAGGCGCCUCUAGGUCUGGGACGCAAGGCCAGAGGGAGGGGCCCCAGGAGAGGUCCCUGCUCCUGCCCGAGAGCCCACACAUCCUCAGCCCCAACCUGGGCAUGCUGGAGAUGUGGAGGCCCUGGUGAACUGUACUGGCCCUCUAUAAGACUGGGUGUGUUCUUCAUCUCCAUGUUAGACCCUCCUCUGUUAUGUAUCUUAUAGAUAUGCUACCCAGAAGACAUUGUAUGGAUUGCGGGGCGGUUGUGUUCCAGAUCUAGGUGUGCUAUGGUAUAAAUAGAGACCUUUCAAUACUUCCUCUCAGAAGUCUACUUUCUGUAGCCUGCAUUGUAGAAGGCUGUUAUUAAUAU